UCUACUUUUUUGUUUACUUUCUCGAUAACUGAAAGUUAUGAAUGAAAACCAUACACACUGGUAUUCUGUUCAAUGAAAAAUAUAAGGAAAUUAUGUUUGAAGUGUAAUUCAGUGACUGUAACGCAUGUUUGGAGUUGUAUUUUAGAAUAUAUGAGUUGAUUAUGGACUCAGUUGACAACAACCAAUUUGAAGUUAAACCUUGUACAAAAGCGAAGAGGAAGAUAACAGCACCGUGCUCCACGGCAUACAUGAAUCCGGCUCUUGAUAUACUUGCAAAUGAGGACCCCAUGUGCAACACAGCUAUGGAAAUUGUCCCCAUAAAGAAACGUAAACGAUCGAAAAGCUGUGAUAUAGCAUCAUUUGAGAACACUGCCUUAGAUGUCGGUGUAAGUAAAGUGGCUGUGAACGAAUUCCUAGUCAGGGAGUUGGAGAAUGUCCGUAAAAAUCUGAAACCAAUUGAUUUACAAACCGAAUUUAAAGAAAAUAUACCAAUGGUUGCCACACAUGCCACUGUGGAGCCAAUAUACGCAAACUCCACUGAUAUGUCUAUAAUUCAGAAUAGUUCUACAGGCAAUUCAACACUUUCAAAGAAAGAAAUCUCUAAUAGUAUGGACAUUUCUGAGUUCCGGCCUGAUUUUAGUGAUAUUGAAAUGGAUUCUGGUAUAUCUAUUCUUGAACAAAGAUCUUUGAAUGCAGCUGCCAAUACUGAUGGUGGGGAUCAAAACCUUCAUUCAUCAGUUAACACAACAAACAUACAAACCAAUGUUACAAACCAAAUAUUUAUUAAUAACACAAGUAAUUUAAGUCUCAGUUUUAUAGAUCGAUUAGCUUUAGACUCUCCUAACUUAACAAACCAGUCUUUAUAUUUAGAUGAUGAUCUAAAUGAGAGUAAUAUUAUGGAAAUAAAAACUAUAACAAUAAUAACGAAAAAGAAACGCAUACCUGAAAGAAAAAAAAUCACCAAUCCAUUUUUAGAUCCUAAUUUAGAUCUGAAUUAUGAUGAAACAUCACAAAAUCCGUUUUUAGAUAAUGAUAUUAAAGAAUUAGAAUAUAAUGCAGAUAUAACAAAUAAUCCUGUCGAAGUACACACUCAGCAAAGUCAUAACAACUUGUUGCCUCGUAGGCUAUUCGCUAGUGAGACGAACAGCACGAUAUCUACAGUAAAUGAGUCAUUAAAUAUUGAUAAUCAACACGAAUACGAAAACGUUGAUAGUUACCGUACAGAAAGUCCUAUUUACGAGAAUGUCGGUGAUGAAUUAGAUGACACAAAUUACAAUAAACAAAGCAAAAUAUUAGGCUGCGAUGUAUCUCGUUUCAGUGCUGUUGAUAUCAUGAAUUUGAAUAAAAAUGUAUACGGAGGCAAUGGGUCUAAUGAAUGUAGUGAAAACAAGAAAGAUUUUAAGCAUCAAAUACUAAAAGCUAGUAAUAAGUUAUCUAAGAAAGUCAUGAAAACGCUGAAGAGGACUUUUAAAGGAGAUAAACCUGAAUAUAAUGUCACACUUAAUCCUUACGAAGUACCCAGGAAGCCACCAAAGCAAAAAAUUGUAGCCAAAGAUUCAGGGAUAGAGAAUCCCGCACUUAAUCUGAAUAAUUCAGAUGAAAUAGAAAUAGAAGAAUUUGAUGACGAUGACGAGCAUCAAUAUGAAACUAUAAAAACAUUAAGAAAUACCCAACUCAACAUGAAUGUCACUCCUUUGAAAGAACGAGACAUUGAUAAUAUUGAAUAUUCGCAUAAUAGAACUAAUACACCGGGAAAGAAGGUCCGUUUUGAUUCAACUUUAAACCAAGAGAAAAUCAUAACUGGCAAUAGUUUUGAACUACAGAGUCCAGGGUUCGAUUCUAAAAUUGACAAGUAUCAUGAUGAGUUGGAGAAUUGUAUUAAUGAAAGAAAAUUUUUACAACAAAAUAUGUGAUAUUGAUGUAAACAGACGAACAAUUAUAUAGUUCAUUACUGACUAGUAAUUAAUUUUUAGAAGUGUACCAGUGGAAUUGAGUUUUAAACAGAACUAAAUGUAGA